AUGACAGGAUAUAAAGUGCUCGAUCGAACUGUGGAAGGACCCCCAACCUCGGAAUGGAAGCUCUGGGCACGAUCCUGGGACAAUAUAUGGCUCGGGGAUGUCGGGAAUGGAGCCUGGAUGUCCACCAAAGCAACGAUGCAAAUUUUACUAUUAAUAAAGACAGUACUGUACGAGAGGAUAGCAGGGAAUAAAACGGUACUUCGGGGAACCGAGAAUCCGAGAAGGGAGUGUAGAAUCCUGUUUGGUUGUUUUCUCGGGCAAAGCCUCGCUGCACCGAUCGCCAACGUGUGGUUGAGUCCCUUGGGGUCUUUAACACCGUUAAGACAAUUUCACAUACAAGACGGAUCCGGGGGAUAUCAUUAUUCCUUCACUGGACCGCAUCACGCUAAGUCGGAAUCCAGCUUGAACGGAAUCACGCAAGGUGGUUACUCCUACAUCGACGCGAACGGAAUUCUGCAAACGGUGAGUUACACAGCGGACGAUGAGAAUGGGUUCCGAGUGAGCGCCAGCAACUUGCCCCAACCGCCCAAGAACGAUCUCCAAACGAUCCAGGACACGCCGGAAGUGGCGUUGGCGAAGAAGAAUCACCUAGAGGAGCUGCAGAAGUCCCAACUGAGGGACCAGUCCAACUAUCAAUCGAACAUUCUGUCUUACAAAAUCCUGCCCUCCUAUUUCAGCUUCGCCCAGCUGCGAAAGGACGACGAGAAGAACCUGGCUGUCAGAGAAAUUGCAACGGCCAAGAAUCCGUUCCUGCUCACCAGAUCGGAGGCGGAGAAGAUCGAGGUGCCUAAACCGGACGCCAGCCUCUCGAAGAUAUCCCAGAGCCCGGCGUUAUCGCCUCAGCUGUCGUCUCAAGCGUCAAGUCAAACAGACCAGCAGGAAAACGAGGGACUGGCCGGGAACUCGUUGCAAAUAGGGAACCUGGUGUCCCUGGGCAGCGUUCAGAGGCCAACAACCGUCCCUGGAUCCUACGUGCUUCCGGUUGUGCCAUAUAGGCUGCUGCACAGCGCUCUACAUCACACUCAGGAUUCGCUGGGCCGAUACGAUUACACCUACGCCGGGGAUUCCAGCGCGAAAACAGAAUCCAGGUCUCUGGACGGGACGACGAGAGGCGCUUACAGUUACAUCGAUCCCAACGGCGUGUUGCAACAGGUCCAUUACGUGGCGGACCACAACGGAUUCAGGGUCCUGGCCACCAAUCUACCGGAAGCCAAGUAA